AUGUUGCAAUCUAAAUCAAUUGAAGAAUAUAUCCCAGAAAAUUUCCAAUUGAUAAACAGUACCUUUCGCUCCUGUAAUUUCCAUUCGAGUUCCCACGAACGACUCCUAUUUUCAUGUAGUCAGUGCAAUAGCACCCUAUUUGAUAAUACUAAUCCCACAACAUUUGUUCAGGAAAACAAAAACAGGCAAUUGUUGAAUGAUAUCAUAGUGAUCAAAGAGAUAAACUGUACUGUAUGUACAUCGUUUGUUGGGUUUAGAAUCGUGAGUUUCAUGCCCGAUGAGAUGACCCCCAUUCCACCUCCUCAGCACACAAUAAGUGAAGUUAGAGAAUUGAAUCAGUUUAAGAGUUAUUUAGAAGAAGUGGAAAAUAAUCUAACUGCUAGGUUUGAAAGGCAGAAUCAUUCAAAAUUUAUCAUUAAUAACCAGGAAUACAUUGGUAAAUAUUACAUUUGCUUAUCAAAUGUGUUAAUAACUUCGUAUUAG